AUGCGCUACAUGUCAAAUGCCAUGUCCCGGCUGAGAGAGAGGGGGCGUGACGGCUGCCUGGCCGGCCUCCAGGUGCAGCAUCUCUUCUGCUCCAACAACACCAACAUCCCCGAGCACCAGCUGAAGGAGCUCAACAUGAAGAUCGACAACGCUUUGCAGGCCUAUAAAGCAGCUCUAGAGAGUCUGGGUCACAGCGAGUACGCUCUGAAGGCCGGCUUCCAUCUGAACCCCAAAGCUGUGGAGGCGGCCUUACAGAGCUGCUGCAGUGAGGCGGAGGCUCAGCAGGCGGGCCGGAUGCAGACCACCUCUCAGCCAAUCCAGUGCGAGCUGCCCACCAUCCCCGUGCAGAUCGGCUCUCACUUCCUCAAAGGAGUGUCCUUCAACGAGUCCGCGGCUGAAAACCUCAAACUGAAAACGGUACGGACUCCACUCCAUUUAAAACUUCAUACUAAUUCUACCGUGUAG